AUGAGCGCUUAAAAGGACCCAAACUACAUAACAAUACUUGAUGAAACUCAAAGUUCCUUUGAAUCUGAUAAAAAGCAUGAAGAUUGGGAAGAUUUAAACCAAUUCUUUGGUUAGCAAAUCUAGGACUGUUUAUACUCUAAAAUGCGUCAACUUAAGAAUUUGUUUGAAAAGCAGUUUAGAACAGAAAAGAUGUUAAAAUAGCAUACUUUUGCCAUUGAAAGAAUGAAUCAAUCAGAUGAUGACGAUGGAGAGGGAAUGAGAAUUAAACCUUAGAAUACGACAAUUGAUGCAAUUAAUGAUUUUAUGCUUUAUAAUAGAUCUACUCAAAAAUCCCCAAGUCCUGAUAAUAGUAGUUCUAAGAAAUUCAAUUAUGAAUAUGAAUUGUCAUCAAUAAUGAUAGAUAUUGUUACACAGUUUUCCAAGACUGUCACAGAUCAAUAUCCUUACUUGCCAUCAGUUAUGACCGAGCUAAACAAAAUAGAGGAGAUAUAAGAAUAUGAUCCUGAUGAGAAGGCCAUAUAAAUUUCUCCUGUUAGAUCAAAGAAGCUCGAGAAAAAUUUGCAAUAAAAAAGCCAAGACAACUAAAAACUUAAAGAAAAACUUAAAGAGUAUGAGGAAUUAACUAAUAAAAUGAGGAAAAAUUAUCAUAAAGAGCUUACACAUUACAAAGAAUCUGGAUAGUAAUAUAUAAUAAAGAAGGCGAAGAAAACAGACAUCAGCUAUUUAGAUGAUGAAGAAGAGGCAAUUUAAAUAAAUGUAGAACUUUUUGAUUUUCUAGAUGGAAUUGACGAGGAGAUUUUGAAAAUGAUUAAUGAAAGACUCCUUAAGAUAAAGAAUUAAUAUCAAGAGAAAAUUAGAGAUCACAUCAAGUAUUAGACUUAACUGCUCAAAAAGAUUUAUCUGUUUAAUAAACUUUCUCCAAAUGCAUAUUCAUUGGUUAAUUUAACUUUAGAGGAAAUAUUCAAUGAUCUCUCUAAAGUUGAAUAAGAUCCCAAUAAGAUUUGGAAAUUUUUAGAUCAUGCAUAUGGAACUGAUUAUUUUUUAGCUGUUAUUGAAAGAGUUUAUGGAAAGAGGUUCGCAAAAGACUAUGAGGCAUUGUACACAGAAAUAGACAAAGUAAAGUAAGAGGCGAAGUUUCAUUUUGAAAAAGUUGCCAAAUAGAGUGAGAUGGAAAUCAAAACACUAAGAAGAUUAUUAGAUGAGAGAGCUUAAGAACUCACCUAGCUUAAAGAAAGAUAAAUCCUAGAACUGGAAAAAGCCAAAAAGGAAGCAUAUUUUCAUGCUGAGAUAGAGUUUUAAGCAGCCGAAGCAAAAUAGUUUUCAAAGUUUGAUUCUUAAAUGGUUGAGCUUUAUAAGAAGCUUAGGGAACAAGAGGAAUUAAAUGAGAAAUUUAAUGAAAUAUUGAUGAGAGAAAAACUAAAAUAAGCUUAUUCCAAAUGGAUAUUUCUCUCAAAGCUAAAAAUCAUUGGUUCUAAAGAUGAAACAAUAAGAGUUAAAACUAUGGAAAGAAUUUUCUAAUUUGUUCGAGGUGAAACUAGUAUGGAGGCUGAUAGAAUUAGAAAACAAUUUUAAUAGGAAAUCGACUACUUGAAUGAAGAAAAUACUAAUCUUGCAAUUGAAUUGAAUGAAGUUAAAAGAAAAUUAUAGAAUUUCACUGAAAAAUCAAGCUAUCUUUCCUAAACAUUAGAGGACGUCCAGCAAGAAGCUCUAAUGUAUAAAGAGAGAGUUGAAAGUAUGCUUGAGGAAAACAGAAAACUUUAAUCAGAGGGUCAAAUACUGAAUAAAAAUUUGGAAAAUGCUAGAGGACUAAUUGAAAUGUUAGAGCGAGAAAAAGUCAGACUUGAGAUAGAACUACAAAGAUAUACUAAGUAGGCUAUGAAAAGUAACAUUAUUGAAGCUGAGUUGCAUCAAAAGAAAGCUUUGCAUUAGAUUAGUGAAUAGGGUGCUAAUAAAAUGAAAAGCAUCUAUGACAACAAUAUGAAAACAAAAUAAACAAUGACAAACCUGAGAGGUCUUGAUAAAAAUUUAGUAUUUCAAUAAACAGCAGAGGAAGAGAAAAAUUAAAAAAUGAGGAAAAUCCCUGUAAAGCAUAUAGAAAUCUAAACAGAUGAGAUUAAGAUUGAUGAUUCAGGUCUUGAUUUCGAAAUAACUGCUGAUUAGAAAGAGCUGCUGUCACACUUAAAAUCUUCAGGAUCUCUAAGAAGGUCUAAUAGCAAUAAUUCUAAAGUCCUAGAGGUAAUGAAAAUUCUAAAUGAAGGAGACAACAAAAGAAUAAAGGUCAUUGAUCUAGAUAAAAUGGUUGAUGCUGAGAUUGAUUGCUAGAUGCUAGAGAUUGAUGAUAUCAAUGCAUUACUAAAAAGUCAUAGUGUGUAAUCAUUGAAAAAGGUCAGAGAAAGUCUGUCUGUAAAUGCUCAUCAAGAUCUUGAUUAAGACAGAGAUUCUGAGAUUGAUUUUGCAUAGACACUCAAAAAGUCUAAUUUUUCAAAAGUUAAAUAUGACAAAAGCCUAAUAGAUAUUAAAAUAAGGUAGAUGAAAGAUCGAGGUGUGUCUCCGAUGGAAAAUACAUUGACAAUGAAUUUUACAAAAAAAGAGAAGCUAUAUCCUUCAAAUUAGCCUGAAGUUUAUUGUAGACUUUGGAAUGAUGUGGAUCUUAAGAAGAGAAGAACUGCCUCAAUGAAAGAUAAACUAAAUUGCCUCCGAUAGUCACAGUGGAAAAGGAUAAUUUAGAAACCAGAAAAAUAAGAUUUAAGUAAGCAGCAUUAUCUGGCAUAAUACUUAUUUAGGUAAUUUGGUUAGAAGAGAUCCAGUUACAGGUAAAACAUUCAUUAACAUUGCAGAACUUAACAAUAUGAGGAAAUAAAGUUUGCUGUCAACAUAUGA